UUGAACUGGCGCAGCUAAGGGUUUAUUUUAUGUCGAUGGCUGGUGGUGCAGAAGCUGUAAUUGGAAUAGUAAAUUUUCUUUGUUUUUAGAUGCUGAGCUGCAAUAACAUGAGGGACUUCACUUGAUGUUCUGGACAGCUGACAACAGACCUCCGUUUGAUUAUAACAAAAAACACCUUUCACAUCUGAUGGAAUGGCUGACGUUCCUAAAUCAGGUAUCCCAGGAUUCUCUGCAUGGCUCGCUCAAGUUUCUGACAGCAUCUCCAGUGGCUUCCGCAGCCUCCAAAAAGGAGCUGUUGACCCUAAGCUGACCGACUCCUCUAAUGGUGAGGUAGUUGUGAAAGUUGAGUGUUCAGAGGUGGACUCUAGUGUUGAUUUGGGUCAGAAGGUAAAGGAUGUUAAUGGGUGUGAAGUGGAUGCUUCCAGCAUGGAUUCCCAGGAGAAACUAGAAGCCUUUCAAACCCAGCUGGCUUUGCGUAGUCUGGGUAGCAAGUUUGAUUCCGACCCCUUUGUUGGACGUCUCACACCCAUCAGUGAGGAGCUAGAUGAGGUGGGGAGCAUGAGGAGUUUGAUGGAUUCACGUUGCUCUAAUUCUGUGAAUAGUUACGGUGAUGACGGUGAGAUAUCCAGUUCAUCAGGCAGCGAGGAUGAAUUGGCGAAGCAGUUUGAGAUCUCUGUCUCGCGUUCACAAAGCUUUCGCUCAGGUGUCACGGAGCUCAACACCCAGAAUGCACCAGGGGAACAGCACAAAUUCAAACGGCUGCUGUCUGACCAAGACGAAGAAAGCACAGAGCCAUCUGACUGCGAAGAAGCUGAGAGAAUCAGUCUACAAGGAUUUCAAGAUCCUCUCUCAUCCAGGCGACGUGUAGGGUCAGAGCCAAGAGACCCCCUAUCGCAUAGCCCCUUACCCGAGCGACGUACCCCCAUAGACCCCCUCUCUUUAAUGGCCGAGCAGAUCUCUAUUGGUUCUCAAGACAUAACAGACAAUCUGGACGUCCUACCAAAGAACGAGGGCAGUCGGAGGGGCAGCGUGGGGCGUCAAUCAUCACGUAGAAGUCUGGCAUUAGACAAUCAGGGUUAUGACAACGCUGAAGCAGCAGAUAGUUACUCUACAUGGAGCCCAGAGCAUGAGCAAUCUCCAUCCCACCCUCUGAGCUCUUCCCCUCACAAUAUCUCUAAAUGCGGUGACCUCAUCAUUGCCCUCGACUACCAGGCUGACACUCACAGGCUCUUGGUCACCGUGGUAACAGCCCAAGGUAUUCCGGACAAGACACGGAGUGGCAUGGACUCCUGGCAAGUGCACGUGGUGCUGUUACCUGGGAAACGUCAGCGGCACAAGACAGCCAUACAGAAAGGCUCCACACCGAGGUUCGAACAGACCUUUCGGUUCUCGCAUCUAGAACCAGGGGAUUUGGAUUCUUCUGUACUUAGGUUCCGUCUGUAUGCGCUUGGGAAGAUGAACAGAGAUAGGAUGAUGGGAGAAGCCUUGUACAGACUGAGCAGAAUGAAACAUACAGAUCAGCUGGAGAUCACGCUGGUGCUGGAACCUCGCAGUAAUCUUAAGACAUUAGACUCACAGAUGUCUUUCAGCACACAGAGCGAAGGUGCUUCGUCAACUCAGUCCAUCACUCACUGUGGAAAUCCAGAGCUGCUGUUGGGUUUAUCAUACAACGCCACCACGGGUCGACUGUCUGUAGAGAUCAUUAAAGGCAGCCACUUCCGUAAUUUUGCUGUAAAUAGACCUCCAGAUACAUUUGGCAAGCUCACACUACUGAACUCAGUGGGACAAGAGAUAUCCCGUUGUAAGACAUCCAUCCGUCGCAGUCAACCGAAUCCUGUCUUCAAGGAGACGUUCGUCUUCCAGGUGGCGCUCUUUCAACUCUCUGAUGUCACAUUAAUGGUCUCCAUAUACAACCGAAAGAACAUGAAACGCAAGGAGAUGAUUGGCUGGGUGUCUCUGGGUCAGAACAGUAGUGGAGAAGAGGAACUUCUUCACUGGCAGGACAUGAAGGAAAGUGGAAACCAGCAGGUCUGUCGCUGGCACACCCUACUUGAGGCUUAAAGGAGAGAGAGAUGAUUCCAUUUGAUGGAAAUAUUAUCACUUGUACUUUGCUGUCUUUGUCUGGGAGGAUAUUCCUUUAGGAAGAAGACAAAUGUUAUAAACAAUGCCAAAUAUACCCAUGGGAUUAAGGUAAAAACAAGCAAUGUUAAGAGGAUCAUGUAAGAAUGGUUACGAAGAUGAGGCAUGCGAUUUUAAACAUUUUGCGAGAAUAUACGCAAACAACACGCAUGCCGCCAACAUACAACUUUGCUUAGGACUAUUCGACAAAGCCCCAAGAAUGAUCUCACAAUUUUGUUUGUAAUACUUUUUAGUUUGCAAUACACAAACUGCCCGCUUCAACUGCUUGCAGCAACCAAUCAAAACUGUGGACAAUAUUACCAGAAGCACUGUGAUUGUUCCUUCGCAAUGUCAAGAAUAGAGGUUUGAUUUAAAAUAAUUAAAUGUCUAUCUGCUAUGAUUUUAAGGCUUAAAAUAAGACCUAUGCCAGUGCCAUUUUAGAUGCUUUGAGAGAUCAAACUGUGUUUGUUGAACUUAUGCACUUUCAUUUACUUUCAUUUUACUAAUGACAUUGAAAUUGUUUUUAUUACAUGCUCAAAACAUGCUACAAUUUACAGCCAAACUAGACAACGUAUAAAAUAAAUGUAUUUGCUCUUUGGAUCACAUCUAGCUACUUUAAUUGUGUAAUGACACAUGCGUGUUCUUAACAAGCAUUAGGCAGAUUCGUGAGACACACUUACUAAAACCCAUCUGUGCACGCAACACCAAGACAUCCAGAGUCUUUCUCACUGUCCACAUGUGCUAACACCAAACUCUUUUGUAUUGCAUGUCUGUAAUGAAGCUGUGCAUAUAAAGUGCCUGGUCAAUCCUAUAGGAGUUUUAAUUUAUAGCCACCAGUGAUAUUGGAGGUUAGCAUGUAAACAGGAACAUUACAGAUGCAUGGACCUCAUCUUUCUCAAAUAAAAUAAAUAGUGCCUGUUCUGCAUGUUUUAAAAUACAAAGUGGUUUUCAAAGAUAAAUGCAUAUAUUUUUGUCUGUCAUUAAAGACAUAUCCAAGAUGCUACUGUUGCUGUUAA